CGAGAUAUUUGAAAAGUAUUUUUUUUUUUUUGACUCUUGGUUUUUAUAUAUUCGGCAUUGAUUUGUCGACUUUCACAAUCGUUUGCCAUUCUCCGGUCAUUCAUCCCUCUCUUUUUCAUACCUACCUACCUACCUAUAUUAGUCAACUACCUACCUGGGUCACACCCGGGUACGACACCCUCACACAUUACCACCACGGCACCACGGCACCACCACCACCACCAUCUCAACCCACCAAACCUUUUACAGGAUCAACAACCACAACGACGAACCAACCCUUCCAAAAAAAAAAAUGCCUCCAGAACAGCCCACCACCCCAACAAUGACCACCCGCCUCCUCUCCCUCACCGGCCUCCCCUCCCUCCUCUCCACCCCCCACGACGCCUUCCUCAUAAUCCUCAACCGCACCACCCGCAUGCUCUCCUACGGCGCCUCCUCCCUCAUCCUCGCCCUCUUCUUCUCCUCUCUGUCCUUCACCGACACCCAAAUCGGCCUCUUCAUGACCCUCACUCUGGUCGGGGACGUCCUCCUCUCCCUCCUCCUCACGCUCAUCGCCGACCGUCUCGGUAGACGCCGCACCCUCCUCAUCGGCGCAACCAUGAUGAUUUGCUCCGGCGUUGUGUUCGCCACUUGCGAGAACUAUUUCGUGUUGCUGGCGGCGGCGGUAGUAGGGGUGAUUAGUGCGACGGGGGGAGACUUUGGGCCGUUUAGGGCUAUUGAAGAGUCAAUGGUGUCGGAAUUGACGAGGGCGGAAACGAGGGCGGAGGUGCUGGGGUGGUAUGUGGCUAUGAGUAGUGCGGGGAGUUGUGCGGGGACGGCGGUGGCGGGACGGGUGGUGCAGUUUCUGGUUGAACACCAGGAAUGGGAGGGGAGGCAGGCGUAUCAUGUGGUGUUUUGGGGGUAUGUGGUUAUGGGUGUUGUUAAUGUUGUGGGGGUGUGGGGGAUGACGGAGCGGUGUGAGUUGGGAGGUGGAAGGGGGGUGCAGGUGCAGGUGCAGGUGUUGGAGCCGGAGACGGAUGCGACGAGGGAGACGGAGCCGUUGUUGGUGGCGGCGGGGCCGUCUGCUGCCCCUGUGGGAAGGGAAGAGAGGGAAGAAGAAGAAGAAGAUGAACCAAAGAAAAAGCAAAAGGGAUGGUUCAAGGUGGAGAUUUCCCGAUCGACGCUCUCCGUCAUGCUCAUUCUUUGGGCUCUGCUUAUGGUCGACAACCUCGCGGACGGUAUGGUCUCCAUGUCUUGGACGACGUACUACAUGGAUCAAAAGUUCCAUUUACCCAAGUCGAUGCUGGGCGACUUCUUGUCUGUCGCCUACUUCCUCGCCGCUCUGUCGUCCGUCUUUGCGGGCCCCAUGGCUCGACACAUUGGCCUGGUCAACACCAUGGUGUUCACGCACAUUCCAUCCUCGGCCGCGGUGCUCUUCUUCCCUCUGCCCAAGAGCGUCACGGCGACGUUUGCCUUGCUGUUGGUUAGAGUCGGGCUGAACAACAUGGACCAGGCGCCAAGAGCGGCGCUGAUUGCUGCGGUGGUUAAGCCCGAAGAGAGGACGGCGGUCAUGGGCAUCACGGGGACUUUGAGGACACUCGCGUCGACUAUGGGACCGAGUGUCACGGGCGUGUUGGCGGACGGAGGAAGGUUUUGGGUGGCGUUCGUGGUGGCGGGUGCGCUGAGGUUGACGUAUGAUUUGGGCAUUUUUACCAUGUUUAUCAAUAUCAAGUUGAACAGGCAUGAAGAGGGGGAGCAGCAACAGGUGGCAAGGAGAGAGGGGGACGAGGAGGAGGUUGAGUGAUACGGCUUUUCGAGGAACCCAAGAAUGUAUCAGGCCGGCGGUAUCAAAACAGUGUAAAGAUCUCUCUUAAUAGCAUCUAGACACAGACUGCAGUUCAGCCCUUGUCAUAGGGUAUAUGUAUCACUUCUCCCGG